UAAAUUCCAUUUCACCAUUUUCCAUUUGUUUUUAAGCACUUGCAAACCAUUUGUGUUCCUCUGUUAUAACUAUGUCUUUUGAAUUCAUAAAGAAGACCUCUUCGAGAACAAGAGAAUUGCAUAUAGCACGAAGGGACCUUGGUCGAUACAAAGAGAGCAAAAAAGCUGCGGAGUCAGUUAGUGCUCAAGCAGAAUCUGAGCUCUCUAAUGCAAAGAAGACAGUGAAAGAUCUAUCUUUAUUAAUUGAGAAGUCAAACUCGAAGGCAAAGGCGCAGAUGCAAGACAUUGAGAUGCUAAAUAAAUCGAGGAGGCGCGAAGAACGGGCAUUGGCUGUUAGGAACAUUGAGAGUUAUCAGUAUGCAGAAGUGAUGAGAGAACUGGAAUUUGUGAAACAGGAGUUGAGUAAGCUUAAGCUAGACAUGGCUCAUGUUUUGGAAGAGAAAUCGCGGACAGAGAAGGAAGUUGAAGCCUCAAGUUCGAAAUUGUUUUCUUAUUUGAGCUCUGCUCAAGCCCUUUCGAAGGAGAUUGAGAAAGCUAAUGAAGAACAAGUGCUUGUUGAGGUUGUGAGGAUUGAGGCUUUGAAAGAAUGCAGAGAGAUAGAAGCUCAGAGAGUAAAGGAAGUCACUGAAUUAUACAAACUAGAAUAUAAGCAGUGUGAACUAUAAAAAGCAGUGUGAACUAUAAUAAGCAGUGUGAACUAUAAAGACAAACUAGAAUAUGCAAUCACUUAUUAAAUAAGGUUGUUGAGUUUUCGAAAAUGACCAAAAUAUUCCAACCAAGAAAAGCCUGCAGCAGAUGAGGUACCCUAAUU